AUGGCAGACGCAGCAAAGUUGGGGAAGAUAUUCAUUGGCGGACUCUCGUACGAAACAACGGAUGAGAAGCUCCGUUCGUACUUUGGAGCGUACGGCAUCGUGACGGACGCGGUGGUGAUGAAAGACCCGAUUUCAAGACGAUCACGAGGUUUUGGCUUUAUUACGUACGCGGACCCCGUUUGUGUGGACAGAGCACUGGCUCAGCCUAAUCACAUCUUAGACAGUCGUCGAGUUGAAGCAAAGCGCGCCGUUCCUCGCGCAGAAAGCUUGCGUGAUGUUGGGAGCUCUUCGUUGUCGAGUCGAGGCAGUGGGACGAAUCCGAUAUCGGGUACGAGCGUGAGCAGUGCUGUGGGUACUACGAAGAAGAUAUUCGUGGGCGGCCUCCAUUACGAGACAAAAGAUGCUGACUUUAAGAAGUACUUCAUGCAGUACGGUAAGGUAGUGUCGGCCGAAGUGAUGUUCAACCGCGAGACGAACAAAUCGCGUGGAUUUGGCUUUGUGAUUUUCGAGAGCGAGGUCAGCGUGGAGCUAGUGUUGCAAGAAAAGAACCACGUGAUAGAUGGCAAGUCCGUCGAGGUGAAGCGUGCUGUUCCGCGAACGGAUAUUCCUCCUCCGCGGUCCGUGUCGUCUCGUGGAGACUCUUUCAGUGGUCCGUCUGGACCUGGCUCCGUGGGAAGUCUGGACGACGUGUGCUCUAUGACAACGCCACCACUGUCGCUAUCUGGUAGUAUGCCGUCCGUCAGCGGCCUCACUGCUGCUAUGGGGUCUGAUAAAAUGUGCCGCGCGACGCCGACUUCAGCUAACCUCAUGCCGAACGGGAUGCUUCGAGGUUACGCUGCCGCUGUCCGCUACGGCGGUCAAGGAGUGUCGAAGACCACCUCGAAUGCCGUGCUCUCAUCUUCUUCUAUGACUAGCAACAGCGACACCAGCAGCACUUACAAGGGCAUCAGCCUCGAGUCGUCUUCACUCAGCGGUGUUGCAGACGCUCUCUCUAGUCUCGUGCUCCGUGAUAGCGGUGCAUCGUGCGGCAGUGGAUUUAUGGGUGGAAACGGUAUUGCUGCAUCUCCGCCGCUGUCGGCGAGCUCGUCGCGCGAAUCGAUGGACCACUUGUUUGACUCGGCCGCUGUGUCAUCUACGAACGGGCACUGUUCACCACUAGACACUGGUCUGCAUCCUCUCGACAGCGACCCUGUAAUUGAGCAGUGGAAGCUAUCGCCUAGCUCAGGCCCUCAGCUUGCGUCAGACGCUCCUCUUGCGCCAUGUUUCGAGUCGAGUUACCUCUCACACGGGCUGGCGGACGGCAAUGCUGAAUCGGUGUCGAAUUUGUCGUGGCAAGCAGCACCUUGGCAGCAGCAGUCGUGGGGCUCUCCGCCGUUACCGCGAAGUCAACAACAGCAGCAGCAACAACAACAGCACCAGCACCAGCAGCAGCAACCGCCGUUGCCGCCAACGCCAACAUCGUUGUUUUCGAUGUUUUCGAAUAAGCGGAGCGGCGGCACUCCACUGCAUGGAUCGAGCGCAUGGCAGUCAAACGCAGAGCGCGGGUACGGGUACGAUGCAAGUACUGCAGCUUCAGACGGCGAUGGCUUUGGCAGUGGGACAAUGGGCAUGGGGUUGUCCAUUGAUGGUGGUUUCAGUGACAAUCGCGUUGGUCCCGGCACGUUUGGAAUGCAUCCAGAGCGUGGCAACAGCGCACCCUACAGACCAUCAGGUGGAUUUCUGCAGCAAGAGUAUCUACCAACCGACCGCUCACACGAGCAGCAGCAACGCGGGGCAGUUCCUGCUGAUCUACCACUCGACUCGACUCCGUUCGAACGGCUGAUGAACAGUGACGUGUUAUCGAACGCCGACAAAUUGCGCCGAGAGCCGUCAUCUUUGGAUUACAGUCUGCCGUCUUCUGCCGCGGAGUUUCAUCGGGAGUUCAGAUAG